UACAUAUCAUCAACGUUUUAGGUAAGCAGAUAAUACUCACAUUCCAAACUUCCUCCAUACAACAGAUCCAAAAAAGGCAUCCCUUGCUUCCUAACAAACUUUCUGAUAAUCCAAAUUAGAGCAACUAUCAGGCACAGUAUAAUUAACAAGCAUAUUUCGUAAUCCUCGAUCAUUUUGAGCACUCCGUUUAAACGAUAACGCGCUUUUUACUCCACUAAGAUACGUUGCCACAGAGUAAAUUGAAUUUUUAGCUCGAAAAAUCAUAAUAUAGAUAAGAUAGUGUAGUAUAAAUACAAGAUGAAGUGAUGGGAUUAGAAGAGAAUGAAAAGGAGCACUACACGUGGACUUCGGAUCCGUUGUCUGCAAAUACCUAUCUCCGAGUACGAGUAAGAAUUUACGACUUAGUGAUUACGUUACUUUAGUACUGUAACCUUCAACAAAAUGUGUACCAUUCCAUCGACGCAACCAGAAAGCCAUUUUGUUCAAUUCAGGGGAAUUUUUCUUCUUGAAAGACUCACGUCUUACUUUUGAUAUAGGUGCACUGCCUCUUCCAUUUUUCUUAAUAUAUAAGCAUUACUUACCCGCCCGACACCAAGAAAAACUUUUCCCUGCAGUGGCACAGUUUUGAUACUUUCUGGUACAUUCACUACCGUCAAUAUACAAUGUUGAUGAAAGUAAAAUGCCUCAGUUGAUAAAAUCCAGUAUGUGAUCCGAAAAAUUAGUCCUUGUUUGUGAUUGGCACAUUACACAGAAAAUCAAUUUUUAUAUUCAUACGCCUCAUUUGUAUCGACCAAACAAUAACAGCUUUACAACCAUUCCACAAACUUUGCCAAAGCACACGUUAGAAAAUGGCUCGUGCCACAACCAUUAAGGAAGCAAUGAAGAAAUGGGAAGAAAAACAUCCCAACGAGGAAAUUAGUAAGGCUACCGAAGUCGGUCUUCAAUUCCAAUGGCCGCCCAUAGAAAAAAUGGAUAAUUCUUUGGCGUCGUUAACCAGCGUCAGAAGGCUUAGCCUAUCGACGAACGUGAUUGAGAAAAUAAGUGGCUUGAAUUCUCUUAAAAAUCUAAGGAUUUUAUCCUUGGGUCGAAAUUAUAUUAAAAGUUUCGCAGGAUUGGAGGCGCUUGGUGAAACUCUGGAGGAGUUAUGGAUUUCUUAUAAUUUGAUAGAGAAAGUGAAAGGUGUGGGAGCGUUAAAGAAGCUGAAAGUUUUGUAUAUGUCUAAUAACCUUGUCAAAGAGUGGGGACAGUUUAAUCUAUUACAAGAGAUACCGUCGCUGGAGAACUUACUUUUCAUAGGUAAUCCAUUGUUCGACAGCCUCGAUGAGACAGUAUGGAGAACUGAAGCCAGCAAACGAUUACCCAAUUUAAAAAAACUCGACGGAGAAACUGUAUUGCGCGAGGAAGCCGAAGAAGAAGAUUAAGUGAUACCAUUCCGGUAACAUUUUAAGUUUCAAUAAACCAGAUGAUGUUCUCUUACUACGAUAAGUGAAGUUUUCGAAUUACUUACCAUCUAGUGAUCUUCCACUCGCGGAGAAAAGACCCGAACAGCACAAAUGGAUCAAGAACAACAAACCACAAAGCGCAAAGAACGCAAUUUCGUAAAUAAUCUCCAUUUCAUGGUCGAUUAUCAUUUUUGAUUAACAGAAGUCGAAAAAUUAACUGCUUCGUUUACUUUUCUUUAACUAUCACUGCUAUUCCU